GCAAAUCUCGACUCAGUUCGAAAGUAGACUCGCGCUUGCUCGGACGCGCGCGCGCACUCGGUGCUUCUAUAUUCAAAUUUGAAAUUUGUCCGUUACCGAAAUAUUGUUUUUUUGUAAAGAAUUUUGAAUAGUGGCGAGUGCUGUGAUUUUAUAAGCUGAACUGAUUGGAUCUUGAAGGAUUGUGCGUACUAUUCUUAAAUUGGAUACUUAAUAUACCGCUUAGGUGCGGCUGGAUUGUUAUUUUUGUGUAACACGAAUAAUGUCCCUGUGAGCGAUGGACACGCUAACAUGGUUGUCGUUGGGGCUGCAGUUGGCAGCGCUUUGCUCGAUCGUGGGCGCCCUGCUUUUGUACCUGCUGCGGAAGGUCCGCGUGGGUGAGGUGCUGCCCGCGGACAGCGCCAAGACUGUGCUUGUCACGAGCGUGGACACCGCGCUGGGCUUGCAGAUCGCAACUUACCUCAGCGGCCGCGGCUGGCGCGUGAUCGCAGGCUGCCGGCAAGGAGGCCUUGGGGCCAGGCUAGCAGAAUCCUGGUUGCAAGCCCAUGUGGCCUCAACUCCUGAGGACCAACCGCCACCGCGCUUAGCGACUGUUGAGUUGGAUGUCGCCAGGGAAGACUUAUUAGAGGAAGCGGCGAGAGCUACAGCACAGCAUUUACCGGCCGGAGAACACGGAAUAUGGGCAGUGAUUAACACGGCGGGCAGCAGCGGGCGCGGCGGUGCCUCGUGCUGGGAGAGCGCGCUGCGAACGAACGUGCUCGGCGCGCUGCGCGUUGCGCGAACAUUCGCACCGUUGCUCGCUGCUGCAGCGGUCGACCACCCGCACGCUGGCCGCUUGUUCUACAUUGGCCUGACAUCGGAUACGGACUGCGAGAGCCUAUCGCGCGGCGACGACGGCGGCGCGGGCGCGGCCGCGGCGCGCUGGGGCGUUUGGGGCGCCGCGCGCGCCCUCAGGGCUUCGCUGAAGGCCCAGGCACUCCAUGUGGUGCUCCUGCACGCACCGGACUUGUCCGCUGCGGAGAUAUACUCGCCGCCGGCGCAGCUGACUGUUCCGAGCCAGCCGGCUAGCCGGCCAGACACUCCGAGCUCGGACGUGAGCUCCUCCACCACGUGCGCGGUCACCAUGCCGGGCGAGGCCACCGAGUACAGCGCCAAGGUGCUCCCCACCAGCGCCCUCAAACUGCUCGAGGAGGCCCUCACCACCCCCGCGCCCAGAGACACCUACUACCUGAAGAUGAAGCACGACUCCUGGUUCACUAGGAUGCCGUCUUUGAGAGUCACGCAUUAGUUCCCUUCCUGUUAGUCUUGGUCUAUCAAUACCAAUGGGUUUUAAGUCAUGUCAUAGACAGAUUUAAGUAAAUUCUUUACGUUUCGGGUUUCGGAUAGAAGACAAUAUGCCAUGCCGAAAAUCUUUUAUAUACCAACAGCUGGCGUAAGGUUAGGCGGCUGAUAGGCAAAAAUGUGGCUUUAUUGUCAUUUUCAAGAAAGGCGCUUUUUUCUUAUUUACAGUACAUAUGGUCCUACUUUCCCGCACUAGUGCGAGAAUAAGCACUUUCCGUGCCUAUAUCAAAAAUUUAAAGGGCCAUAUGCACUGUACAAGACACGUGCGAAUAGGUAAUUCGCAUAUCGUGUACAUUUGAAACACCCCUUCGGUCGUGUUUUAAUUUAUCACCACUAGUUGCGAUUUUCCUACUUUCCGCACGUGUAUCGUACAUAACUAUUAUCUGUCUGAAUAUGACCCAAAUUAUCAAGGAAUGUCAGAAUAUGAUAAGGAGGAAUGGGCAUUACUUAAUUUUCAGUUGUAAAGUUAGGUUUUACACAAGGGAUAUAUACUAACAUUAAAGUAAAUAAAGUAAUUUAUGAUAAGCAUUAAUCUGAUUUAACAAUUAUAUUUACAUUUGUUGUACCUAAUAUUAAUUCUAAUGGUAUGUUCCAUAAUGAAUAACGAAGUAAUGACGGGUAAAAAUACCUAGCAACCGUUUGGUAUUGAUAAACUUAAAGACGUAAAUUGACUUUAAAAAACUGAUUUCCCUUGAUUAAAUUGAGGUGAAGGUGCCAAAUCAAAUGUUUUCCAAUAAUCUGUUUUCAGUUUAUUAUUACUCACUUAACUAAUAAGCGUCAAAUUACGUUCAUUUAUUUUGUAUCUUUCGUUAGUUUUUAAUUUUAUUCAUCGACCUCCUUAUCCCACAUCGAAGGCACGGGAUAGAGAUGUAAAGUGCCAAAUUUCGUCUGAAAGGACUGACUAAAUUUUGAUAGCGUUUCGACUUCAGAUUACAUUUAGACUGUAUGGAGAAGUGGUCAGUCCCUUCAAACUAUUACGAUGCUGACGGAACAAAGUCUGUCACACACGAACACUUGCUGAACGGUGUAAAUAGCACUUAGACCGCUUUUAUAUUUAGUAACAUUUUCAUACAUCAACAAUAGGUACUUAUCUUACCCAUCACGAACAUUUUGCUAUGUGCGCUAUGGUAAAAGAAAAAGCACCUUUGUGGUAACAGAAAAAGCAAGAACAUGAAAACUCAUUAGUUUUUAUAAUAUAAAAGCAGUCUUAUCAAAUUGUGAAUUGUAAAUAGCUCGAGCUCACUGUGCUAUAUGCUUGAAUACUUCGGGUUUUGAAUGAGUGCAGUACUAUUUUAUGUUAUCGAGUGAAAUGAAUGUAUUGAAUGAGAAUAUACGGAAUCUUUAGUCUCGUAAAUUAUAAAGUUUUUGUUCUGAAUUGUACUCAAUCAUGCCGUAUAAUCGUUGGUGCUGCUACUGAUGGUUAAUGUAAAUAACGUUUGUAUAUUAAAAAAAACUUCUAUUAAAA